UCCUUCGAAUGCGAUUUGCCCGUAACCUUCAUCUCGUCAUUUGGCCAACUAGUAUCUACAUUGGCUCACAUUACCCGACACUUUUCCACUCCAUCUCUCCGCAUACUCAUGGAGUCGAAAUCCGCUUUACAAAGCUCUGCCCAAGCGGAGGAUUCUUCAACAGGGCUGGAAGUGGACCUCUCCGCCCAACGAUGGAGGCUUCGAGAAGAAAUUGCCCGCCUCAUUACCUCGAGCAUCAACAGCAAGGAUAAAGAGGUGCUACUUCAGACCAAGAAAGUAGCAUACAACCAAGUUCUGGAUAAACUUCAACCCUGUCCGACGGGCAUCAAUCCGAUGGAAAAAUUUCCUGCCGAGAUAUUGGAAACCAUCAUCCUAAACUAUAUCACACACUGGCUUCCACGGGAGGAGUACCUAGAGAAACGGUCUGAGCUUUUAAUCCCCCUCGCCAUGGUCUCAAAGCAAUGGAGAAACUAUAUUUAUUCGACGCCAACCCUAUGGAACUGCAUCAGCCUUAGAGGAAAUAAAGGGGAUCCCGUCGCCUCUGUAGUUCAGGGACUUAAACUCUCUCAAGACCGUGUGCUGGCAGUGGUACUGGAAAAGUGGUCAAACUCUUGGAGGGAG